CCUCGGGAAGCGAGACGACGCUUUCUGCGGCUCUUUGGUCUGGUCAAUGCCUUGAUCCUUCCACGUGCGCGUAGCUUGUGUCGCGCUCGAGAUCUUCGCGCUAGUCUGCCUUCACAGUGUCGCGCUCGAGGCCUUCGCGCUGAACCGCGCUGGGGGCCUUCGGUCGCGUCGCGUCCUGCAGGAUUUGGCGGUAUUUGGGGUAGUGUCAGUGCAUUCCUCUGGCGCGGCUAGGUCCGAGUCACAUGCCCAACAACUGUGUUUGUAGAUCUGCCUCUACUAUGUUUUUCUCCCAGCCAGCAAUCCAUGUUCAUCGUUCGUCGUCUUCUCCUCGCCUGCUCGUCGUCUUCCCCCGGCCGUUCGUCUUUGCCGUCGUGGUCGCCGUCUUCAUUCCCGAUUCCACCGAGGUCAUCGAUAAGCAACCUCCAUAUAUUCUCUGCCAGCGACCUUCUGCUCUUCAAUCUCUGGCGACACCAUCACCCAACCAGGUUUGUUCCUUCUACCCGCUACGUGUAUCAUCCGUCAACAUGCCCCUCACCGGAACCUCGCUUGUCCCUUCCCCCGCCAUCACACGCCUGUCCUUUCUCCCUUUCAAUUUUGAUAUCCAUUUCGCUUUUGCAGGUUUCUCAAUUGAUUAGUUGGUUGGCUGGAGCAAAAGAAAAUUGUGUGUGAUAUAAUUGAUUUUGGAUAGAAAUUGAUUUGUAUAGAUUAGGGGCAGGGUGAUUUCGGCUAGCUUUGAAGAGACAUAAUGGGUUGACAGAAACAGUGAAGUGAGAUAACUUGCAGGGGCAGGGUGAUUUCGGCUAGCUUUGAAGAGACAUAAUGGGUUGACAGAAACAGUGAAGUGAGAUAACUUGCAGGGGAUUGUGGGUGCUUUGAGUUUGUUUCUGUUUCCAUUGUCAUAUGCAACAAAACACUAAUCAUGAUUUUCUUUUUCCCGAGUUAUCUGUUAAUAAUCAUAGACUGUUUUUGUUAAAAUAAAAGUUAGGACGAGAAUUAGUUAUCCCUUAAUAAAGGGUUAGUAAAUCG